CAGUUGAGGUUGCGCCUGAAGAGAGCAGUGCUCCUAUUGGUUGGAAACCACGCCGCCGCGCCGGGCGUAAGCGCGGCAGACGCGUGACGCCGGUAGCAGUUGAAAAAUGGCGAGUGUUUCCGAACUGAAAGCUGUUUUAAAGGACACCUUGGAAAAAAAGGGAGUGUUAGGACAUUUAAAAGCAAGGAUCCGUGCUGAAGUUUUCAGUGCCCUGGAUGAUGAUCAUGAACCCCGACCAUCAUUGUCUCAUGAAAACCUUCUAAUUAAUGAAUUAAUUAGGGAGUAUUUGGAAUUCAACAAAUAUAAGUACACAGCCUCUGUCCUCAUAGCAGAAUCUGGUCAACCUGUAGUUCCAUUGGACAGACAGUUUCUCAUCCGUGAACUGAAUGCCUUUGAAGAAUCGAAGGAUAACUCAAUCCCAUUUCUUGCGUGGUCCUCCAGAUGGCAUCCAGAAUGUGCUUCUGACAGAGUCAACACUCCAGCCUCCAAACAGGCAUCUCAGCUGGAAGCCCAGCAGAAAACCAAAGGGCCAUCACCAAGGGCUGUGGAUGUGCUUCCAGUGAAGCACUUGCCUCACAUGUGUAUCCUCAGUUUAGUCCUCGCACUGAGAAAAAGAAAAUGCAAGUACAGAUCUUUGUCUGUAUGCUCUGUUCAUUAAACUUCCUUCAGCUAGAAUUAUAUAGACCUGUGGAAAAAUUCAUUCAUGUUUUGAAAAAAUUUAAAGGGCAUAAAACCAAAAUUUAUUCCUUUAAAAUUUGAUAUUUAAGAAAUCACUGUCUGCUCCAGCUAGUUUUGUCUAAGCUGACACAGUUAGAGUCAUUUGGGAAGAGGAACUCUCAGUUGAGAAAUAUUCCUCCAUCAGACUGGCUUAUGGGCAAGCGUGUAGUACAUUUUAUCAAUGAUUGAUGUGAGAGGGUCCAGCCCAUUGUGGAUGGUUGGUCCUGGGUUCAGUAAGAAAGGCCGAGCAGGCCAUGUUAAGGAAGUCAAUAUGUAGCUCCUCUCUGUGGUGUUCUACCCUGGCUUCUUUCAGUGGUAGCUUGUGAUAUGGAACUAUAUCCUGAAAUAAACCCUCUCCUUCCCAAGUU